AUGAAAGUCUGCCUUAUUUUGGCUCCGCUGGUGCUGCUGGGUGAUGUUGUUUCAGCACAAACCAGUUUAACUGAUAUCUGUACUGGCAGCGCCAACAAUGGCUGUAAAACAACUAUCACUGUACCAAACGGCUUCAAGAUCGUCACAACAAAGAAGAAAAAUGUUCGUUCCAUCCAAUUCAACUACAUCAAGGUCAACGUCUGCGAUCAAAUCCGUAAAGCCCUCGGCACAACGCUCGGCAACAAAUUCCUCAAGGCCAGGGACCCUAUCUGCAAUUGCUUCACCAAGUUGCGCACUCUUAACUCCGAGGGCAAGUUUGCGUCUUCCUCGGCUGGUAACUUUGACUUGGCGAAUAACUACUAUCUUGAUCAGGCCGGGACCCUGGAAAAGUGUUUGACGGAUGGCGGUCUUAAAUAUUCUCAAACUCGUGAUGCUACCUUGAACAAACUCAAGGCGACCGGCUGGGCAGUUGCCCUAGGGGCUGAUAUGGCCCGCGGAACCUUCCGUGCCAUGAUCACCGUGAUUCAUCCCUGCCGAGUCACAGGUGUCUGCAACUCCGAACAAAUUUAUGCUGUCUUUAGUAAUUACCUCAUCGCCUCGUACAGAAUUCUUCUUGUCCCUAUCAUCCCCAUACUCAACCGCUGGAGAGACAACCUCGACCUCAUCACAAAGUCUACUGGUUACGUUAUGACUGCUACAGACGAGGUCAAAGAAGCCUUUAAUGGCGUUGAGUCGACCCUUAGCGGCUAUUAUGACUCAAUUUGCAACGGCCUGGACUAUUGCGGGAAUGAUCGCCCCAAUGUCAAAAGAUUCAUGACAAAUGUUCAAACCGUUAUCAAUUUGUCCGAAAAGCUCAGUACAGCUAGGCAGAUAUUCAGUUUCAACUCCAAAGCCAGCAAUUUGUUAGACGAUGUCAACAAGCUCAGGUCAAAUUGGGCUUAUAUCCCACCAGUCAAUGAAAUGAUCAGCAGAAUUCAGAACAACGAGAUCAAAGUCGCCAAGGAUGUCUUCAAGUUCAUGCCCGUCGUUGACGGAAUGUCAGUUACCUCUAAGAAGGUCGCCACUGAGCUUGCCCCCCUGAAGUCAUUUGUCACCGAAUAUCUGGCGGAUUCCAAAGCUCUUCAUGAACUGAUCACUAGUAUGUUGGCCAUUGACUGGGAAAAGGUCAAUCAGGCGGAAUUUGAUAAUAGCGACCAAAAUGGCUAUUACGUGCGCAAUGGUCUCAUCUCAAUCCAGGUUAACAUCAAGAAAGAGCUCGCUGAGGCAGUCAAGCUCUACUUCUGGCUUAUUCGGGCAACAGACGCUCAGUUGAAGGAAUUCACCCUGACCAAUGGUCGCUGGAAGAUGGAGUACGGUACCGUGGCUUUCCAGCGAUGGAGCACCAUUGAUAUUGACAUGCCUUGCACCAAGAUGACCACCAAGACGGAAAGGAAGGAUGGUCUGACGAAGACAUCUAACCAGUAUCGGACCUACUGGAAGUGUCAUUUUGGUCCUCACACGUCUCAGUAUCCUGCCGCUCAUGUUCCUUAUGUGAGGAUGUAUGAAUGA